AACACUCUUUGCGCUUAUAAAUACGUCACUCCCACAAUUAGAAAAGUUUGUUACACCCCUUUGUCCUUAUCAUUCCUCACGUCAUCCCACACCGCCAACACUCUCCGACGACGUUUCAUCCGCUUCCUUCACUUUAGAUUCAUCUUUUCCGUUUGAAAAUUGAAAUCGAAUUGAUUCGUCUAGACGUAUAAUACUGUUAGAAGCUGCAUUUGGAUCGAUUACAGAGAUGUCGAAGAAAUGUCAAAACGACGACGUUGAUCGGAAGAUCACGAUUGGCGUUUGCGUUAUGGAAAAGAAGGUGAAAUGCGGCCCGGAGGUUUUUUCAGCACCUAUGGGGCAAAUUCUGGAAAGGUUGCAAGCUUUUGGUGAAUUUGAGAUUAUACAUUUUGGGGACAAGGUUAUCUUAGAGGAACCGGUAGAGAGGUGGCCGAUAUGUGAUUGUUUGAUUGCUUUCCAUUCUUCUGGGUAUCCGCUUGAAAAAGCUGAAGCAUAUGCAGCCUUAAGGAAGCCUUUUCUUGUAAAUGAAUUGGAGCAUCAGCACCUUCUUCAUGACAGGAGGAAAGUAUACGAGCGUCUUGAAUCAUAUGGAAUUCCCGUUCCUCGGUAUGCACUUGUCAAUAGAGAAAAGCCAUAUCAGGAGUUGGAUUAUUUCAUUGAAGAAGAAGAUUUCGUUGAAGUUCAUGGACAGCGAUUUUGGAAGCCUUUUGUGGAAAAGCCCGUACAUGGUGACGACCAUCGCAUAAUGAUCUAUUACCCCAGUUCGGCAGGAGGGGGAAUGAAAGAACUGUUCCGAAAGGUUGGCAAUAGAUCAAGCGAAUUUCAUCCAGAAGUUAGAAGAGUGAGGCGUGAGAGCUCUUACAUAUACGAGGAAUUUAUGCCAACUGGAGGAACAGAUGUAAAGGUGUAUACAGUUGGUCCAAAAUAUGCACAUGCUGAAGCCAGGAAGUCUCCUGUUGUUGAUGGUGUUGUCAUGAGAAAUCCCGAUGGCAAAGAAGUCAGAUAUCCCGUACUUCUUACGCCCAAUGAGAAACAAAUGGCAAGAGAAGUCUGCAUCGCAUUUAGGCAAGGGGUGUGCGGGUUUGAUCUCUUACGCUGUGAAGGUCGUUCAUAUGUUUGUGAUGUGAAUGGCUGGAGCUUUGUCAAGAACUCAUACAAAUAUUAUGAUGACGCGGCUUGUGUGUUGAGAAAGAUGUUUCUAGACGCAAAAGCUCCCCAUCUGUCAACAGCAAUUCCACCGAUUCUGCCUUGGAAGGUCAACGAACCAGUUCAGCCUUCUGAAGGACUAACACGUCAGGGAAGUGGGAUCAUUGGCUCAUUUGGACAAGCUGAGGAGCUACGUUGCGUAAUUGCCAUCGUCCGUCAUGGUGAUCGGACUCCAAAGCAAAAGGUGAAGUUGAAGGUCACUGAGGAAAAACUGUUGAACUUGAUGCUAAAAUACAAUGGAGGAAGACCUAGAGCUGAGACAAAACUCAAAAGUGCAGUCCAGUUGCAGGACUUGUUGGAUGCUACACGUAUACUGGUACCUCAUACAAGUGACAGUGAAGCAGAGUAUAUUGAACAUGCGGAAAAACUACGUCAAGUUAAAGCAGUUCUUGAAGAGGGUGGCCAUUUCUCUGGCAUCUACCGGAAGGUGCAGCUGAAGCCGCUUAAGUGGGUUAAGGUUGCAAAAGGGGACACUGAAGAGGAACGUCCUAUAGAAGCAUUGAUGAUUCUCAAGUACGGGGGUGUUCUCACACAUGCUGGUCGAAAACAGGCUGAAGAACUUGGCAGAUAUUUUCGCAACAAUAUGUAUCCAGGUGAAGGUACGGGACUACUUCGCCUCCACAGCACGUACCGACACGACCUCAAAAUCUAUAGCUCAGAUGAGGGUCGUGUGCAGAUGUCAGCUGCGGCAUUUGCCAAGGGACUUCUAGACUUGGAAGGACAAUUAACACCAAUCCUGGUUUCACUUGUUAGCAAGGACUCCUCAAUGUUAGAUGGACUUGAUAAUGCAAGUACCAAUAUGGAAGAAGCUAAGGCUCGAUUAAAUGAGUUGGUAACAUCUGGAGUAAAAAUAGCUCAGGCUAAUGGAUCAGCAAAAAAACCCUGGAUGAUUGAUGGGGCUGGACUUCCUCCAAAUGCUUCUGAACUUCUACCUAAACUGGUGAAACUGACCAAAAAGGUUACCGAACAAGUGAGACUACUUGCAAAGGAUGAAGAUGAGAAGCUUACUGAGACUACCUCAUAUGAUGUGAUUCCUCCAUAUGAUCAAGCAAAAGCACUUGGUAAGACAAAUAUAGAUGUUGAUCGUAUUGCUGCUGGAUUACCUUGUGGGAGUGAAGGCUUUCUUCUAAUGUAUGCACGCUGGAGAAAACUGGAGAGGGACUUGUAUAAUGAACGCAAGGAACGAUAUGAUAUAACUCAAAUUCCAGAUGUUUACGAUUCCUGCAAGUAUGAUCUCUUACACAAUGCACAUCUUAAGAUAGAGGGCUUGGACGAGCUAUUCAAAGUGGCCCAGUUACUUGCAGAUGGUGUUAUUCCAAAUGAGUAUGGUAUCAAUCCAAAGCAGAAGUUGAAGAUCGGCUCAAAGAUUGCCCGUCGUUUAUUGGGAAAAAUUUUGAUUGAUCUGAGGAAUACGCGUGAAGAAGCCAUCAAUGCUGCGGAAUUGAAGAGUGAGUGUAUGGACUCAACCUCUACCGUGGUUGAUAAAGGAUUCACAGAUUGUCAGCAAAAGAAUGUGAUCAAGAAUGAAGAAUCAAGAAGGACCUGCCACACAAGUGAAAAGUCGAUGGAUCCAGAAGACGACGAGGACAAAGAAAUUAAAUACCGCUUGGAUCCAAAAUAUGCUAAUGUGCGGACCCCGGAAAGGCAUGUUCGGACUCGCCUCUACUUUACAUCGGAAUCUCAUAUUCAUUCUGUGAUGAAUGUUCUUCGAUACUGUAACUUGGAUGGAUCUCUUCAAGGGGAGGCCAGCCUUGUUUGUGAUAGUGCUUUGGAACGACUACUGAAAACCAAAGAACUUGACUACAUGAGUCAUAUUGUGUUGAGGAUGUUCGAGAAUGUAGAGGUGAAUCUGGAUGACCCAAAACGAUACCGUCUUGAGAUGACUUUUAGCCGUGGUGCGGAUUUAUCCCCCUUAGAGCAAAACAACCUUGAGGCAUCAUCGUUACAUCAGGAGCAUACGUUACCAAUAAUGGGACCAGAAAGGCUACAAGAAAUAGGGUCAUACCUUACUCUAGAAAAGAUGGAGAAAAUGUUGCGGCCGUUUGCGAUGCCUGCAGAAGAUUUCCCACCUGCAACAAUCCCACAAGGGUUCUCGGGUUACUUUAGAAGUGCAGGAGUUUUGGAGCGACUGGUAAAUCUUUGGCCCUUCCAUAAGCAUGGAAUAUCUAAUCCGAAAUAAGUAAGAUUGAGGAGACGAUCAAUUUGAUUACUCAUAAGAAGAUAUUUGUUAUGAUUGUUUGUAGGGAGAUCGUAAAUGUUGGAUGGUACAUGCAACUAAUCAUAGCUUUUUGUCAGUCACUCGAGAUUCCUAUGUAUAAAGAGUAUUUUCACUCACAUAGGAACCCAUGCACACAAUACCAUGAAUUAUAGCGUUGGAUGUCCAAUCCUACUCCUUGUACUUUGCUUUUUUAUUUUUAUUUUUUUUUUAAUUUAUCGAUUCAAAUUUUGUUUUAAUGUUCUCUUUUACCAAAGCAUCUUGUGGUUGGUUGUUGGUAUGAGCACUGAUCUUGUGAGUUGUUUGUUAA